AUGGUUGAUUUCUCCAAUAUAAAACAGAAAAUAUUGGACAUUACCAAGGAUUAUCCAGACUUCCCCAAAAAAGGCAUUUUAUUCCAGUAAGUCGCUAUUUUUUGCCUAUAACAACAUAUUUUUGGACCUUAUAGACUUAUAUUUCACUUUCAGUGAUGUUUUACCAAUUUUCAACCAUCCUAAAUUAGUGCAGGAGCUGUGCGAAAAGAUUGCCGAGAACUAUAGGGGGAAAGUAGACGCGGUAGCUGGAUUGGAAGCGCGAGGUAAGUGGUUUGCCAUGGAUAACAUGGCUUUUUCUUGGGUUUUAGGUUAGAAACAUUUUGUACGCACUUUAAAAUGGCAAAACUUUCAGGAUUUUUGCUUGGCCCACAAGUUUCGAUCAACUUGGGUGUCCCAUUUGUGCCUAUCAGGAAGAAGGGCAAAUUACCUGGUGAAACCAUUCAUGCCACAUAUAAAAAGGAAUAUGGCGAGGUAGGUGACACCUUCCUCUUUUAACAAUCAAAAAUUUAACCUCAUUCUCUCUCAUUUAUCUAUUUUCCCAUCAAAAAUUCGUAUCAAACAUCCACCUACCUCAAUAUCCGCUAAUGUCCCCAAUCUUCAGGACAUUAUUGAGAUCCAAAAGAACGUGCUUCCUCCUCAUUCUCGUGUCCUCCUCGUUGAUGAUCUCUUGGCUACUGGCGGAACGUUGAAGGCGGCAUUUGAUUUGUUGAAAACGGCGCAAUGUGAUGCUGGUGAGGCGUUCGUUUUGGUCGAAUUGACUGGUCUCAAGGGUCGUGAGGUCCUGAACGGUGCUACGGUUAAAUCACUUAUUACGUACGAAUUCUAG